AUGGCUUCCAGCGAUACCGAGGUAACUCCUCAUGGGGGCAUGGACCUUGUUGUCAAGAGCCAUCAUCAACCCUCGAAUUCCGAUAUUACAAAACUCAAUAUUCCUAUGUGGGAUAGUUCAGAUCCCGAACGACGUCCGCCACCUUUACCUAUGAAUCCCGGUGCUGGCAGUCCAAAAACGCGAUCAAGCGCAUCUCCAGGUAUCCAAGCAGUUACAGCGACUCUCGCGGAAAAGAUGCGCGAAAAUGCUCCCAGCCCAUAUACGAUAAAUCCUAUGCCGCCUAAAUCAUCUCCAGAAAAGUCCUUGGUCAAAGGCCAAUACCACAGACGAAUGCAGUCGCUUCAGCCAACGACAGAUGCACGGGCUGAGUUCCGCAACUUCAUUGAGAAUAGAUCACCAGAACGGAAGACCCGAGCGUCAACAUUUAAUGAUGACUACCUCGACAAAAGCCCUACCCGUUCAGGCACAUCGACCUCACAAGAUUCUGGUCGUGACUCGCCAUCCCUCUAUGUCUCUAGCCGCUAUCUUUCAAAACCUAUCAUAGGCGAGAAUACUCCUCCUUCUGCCACCAUGUUGGCUCUCCAAAACAUGCAGCUACCUGGAGACGACCUUAAAUCACUCCAAGUAUCAAAACCGGCUACUCCCACAUCCCUGAGCGAGGCCAGUUUAUCCGAACAAAUUAAGAGCCUGACAACCAUUGCGACAAAUCUUCAGAAAGAGAUGACAAGUUUAACGAGGCGAAGUAAAGAUAAUGCUACUGACCUGCUGAGCUUGAAGGCCGCUACGAACGCACGUGAUGAAGAUAUACGAAAGAGCAUCCGAGACUUGGCUAACAACAUUAGCUCGAAGCUCCUGGAUCCUGAGAGUGCGAGUACAAGGUCCGGGAGAAGUGGAUACAGUGUCGACAACAAGGUAUUCGACAGCCCACCAAGCUCUCGGAAAUCAUUUAAUCUACCUCGAGUAGCCAGCCCAUCAAGUUUUGCUGCAGCCUUGGAGCGCGACCUUUGUGGAUCUCCAGGCCCAAUCAGUGACGGCUCGGCGAGCAUCGCGCUGCUGGAAAAGGUCUUGCGUGAAAUGGCUACCAAAGAAGCCCAAGAAAAGCUUCUGGAACUCGUCGACGAAGUGAAGAAGCGACCCGCCAAAGACGGUGGCACCAAAGAAGCUGAUCAGAACGUCACAAAGAUGUUGGAAGAGAUUUUGAAUCUUGUCAAGGAGAAUCCAACCAAUCGAGCUUUAAUACGGUCUGAGCUUGCAGCUGAAUCUUCCCCUCCGGAAGGCACACGAUCAGGCCCAAUUGUACUUAGUUAUGAUGGUGCUGAACAAAAGAGUGCAGUCACUGAAGACAUCAUGAGUCUUCUCAAUAGAAUCAAAAACAGUGUGGCUGAAGGUGGAGGUCUGACAAGCGAAGUCAAAGCUCUUGUUCGUGAACUACGUGGAGAAGUCUUGGGCAUGGGACGAGAAAUCGGCCGAAAACUUGAGGAGGCAGCGGCAUCCAAGUCUGAUGAAGAUGUUCCACGACCCUUAGGAGCAGACGAAGUUGCGGAGAUUGUUCGUGCGGGACUCGCCGAACUAAAAGAGCAGAUGCAUUCCAUGAUCGAGGAACACCAGGAGACGUUGUCUACUUCAAUGACUCGCAGCGGCACGGAUGCAACAGAAGUGUAUUCAGCUGUUAGGUCUGCAUUGGACGAAUUCUCUUCACAACAUCUGGCAGCUCCAGCCCCGAGCACUGUGGGCAUGGACAAGGAAGAUAUUCUAGAAGCAGUCAGAGAGGCCUGGGAAGUCAACAAACCAGAAAUCGAACUGCAAAAUUUCGGCCUUGAGCGGGAAGAAAUCCUCGAAUGUCUCACUGAAGGGUUGAAAGCUUACCAACCCAAGGAAGAAGCCGUGACUUACGACCAAGUCCUAGCCGCAGUCCAGGCUGGCAUGCAGAGUUUCGUUCCCCCUCCCAUCGAAGCGCCACCAGCAAUCACUCGCGAAGAGGUCAUAGGAGCAGUUAAAGAGUGCCUAGAGUCUUUUGAACUGACUAUUCCUGAGCCCAACAUCACAAAGGACGAUGUUUUUGCGGCAGUAUCCGAAGCAAUGGAUAGCCACACCCAACGUGCUCUUCCAGACGAAUCGGACGCACCAAAGCUUACUCGGGGCGACGUUUUUGAUGCCGUAGCAGAGGCCUUAGGCCGCUCAACACUAGCAGAAUCUUUGAAUUCCGCAGGUCUCACCCGCGAUGAUGUUCAGCAUGCAGUCGUUGAAGCCUUGACCGACCAACAACAUGCGCUUUUUGCCGGUCUGACCCGCGAUGAUGUCCAUAAUGCCGUCAUUGAAGCCAUGGCAGAUCAACAACGAGCACUUCUUGCUGAGGAAGACGCGCCUAAACUUACUCGUGACGACGUGUUCGAAGCCGUAUCAGAAGCCAUGGCUCGCUCAACUUUAGCAGAGUCUCUAGCUGGUAGCGGUCUAACUCGCGAUGAUGUUCAUGGGGCAGUUGUUGAAGCAAUGGUCGGCCAACGGGCAAUCACGCAGGACGAAACAGGCAAUGGAUUGUCUCGGGAUGAUGUCUUCAAUGCCGUGACCGAGGGCCUGGCGGCACAUUUUGCAGCUGCCAAGGAGAUGGGGGAAUCAUCAGUAACUCGAGAAGAUGUCGUGCAAGUGAUCAAUGAUGCUUUAGCCGCCCAUACCAGCGCCUUGGUCUCUCAGGAACCAGCUUUAACUCGAGAAGAUAUUGUUAGCGCGAUCGCGGAAGGCUUGGUCAGUCAGAGCUCUAUUAGUCGAGAAAUCGAACUGAACAAGGACGACCUCUUUGAAGCCGUGACUUCUGGCCUUCAGGAAGCUGCAGCUUCAUCGCAGCUUAACGUUGGAGAUCAAGUCCUCGAUCGUCUCCGCGAUCUCGUUCAAGAAAUGAAGGAUGAGUUCAAGCAGUAUUCCGCCGCUAGCGGUCACGAUACCGAACAAGUACUGGAUUCCAUGAAAGACGGACUUCAGGUGCUCAGAACUGAUAUUGAAUCUUAUGUCGACAAGACUGCAGAUGUGACUGGAAAGGAAGAGAUAAUAUCCACUGUUAAAGAAGGAUUCAGAUUACUACAGGCCGACCUUGAGCACUCUAUCAACGAAGCAGCUCUUCGAGGGUCUGCAGCUCGCGGAAAUCCGGAUACACCAGAGCUUCUUGACGCCAUGGAGAAGGAAUUUGAGCAUCUUCGCUCGACACUUGGCAGUUUACUGAUCCGUAACGAGGCAUCUGGCGACAAAGCUGAAAUUCUUGAUGCAAUCCACGAGAUCAGUACAAGUACACGCAACGAAGUGGAUACCAGCAAACUUGUUCAAGCUGUCAGGGACGAGUUUGAGAAUAUUCGCGACUCCAUUAACAUGAGCCUAGUCAAGGCGGAACCAUCUGAGAAGGAUGAGAUCAUCUCAGCUCUCCGGGAGAGUUUUGAGAAUCUUCAAGCAGAGAACAUAGCAAAACGAGAUGGCAAUGAAAGCACGUUUUCGAAUACUAGCGAGUUGCUUGAAGCCUUCAACGACGGCGUUGAUACCAUCCGCGCAGAUUUGGAAACACUCAUUCACAAGUCAGAUGAGCAGAACAACUCCGGAGUGCUUGAUGCAUUGAAGGAAGGGUUGGAUUCUAUCAGACUUGAGAUGGAAGCUUUGAGAGCAUCGCAGAAAGAGUUCGAAGAGACGUCGACUACCCGUGGCCAAGAAUUGAUCCUUGCUAAGGAGAGCAAUAUUAGCAACGAUAUCGAAAGCCUCAAGGUUCUGAUUACGCAGCUACAGAUUAAGGUUGAAGCGAUUGAAGCAAAUCCACCAACACCACCACCAUCGGAAGAUGCUUUGAAAAAGGAGCACCUAGACGAGGUCUUGUCAGCUGUGCGAGACGUCCACGGAUCUGUGACUGAAGCUAAUUCUCGCAAGGAAGAGUCAGAAAUUAUUGAGACUCUUCUGCGAGAUACAGUUGCCAAAUUUGACGAGAUCAAUAUUCCUUCGACUGACGAUCUCGCCAAAUCGGAACAAGUCAUGACUUUAGAAGUCGUGGUUUCAGAGUUGAAGGAUGCCAUUGCUGAAGUGGCUGCUCGUCUUGAAACAGAUAGCUGCACAAAGGCUGAUUUCGGCACACUGGAAACACUACUAAAAGACUUGUGGGUCGCCGUGGAGGAGUCCAAGAAUCAGGCCAAGGACGUUCCAGAGGUAGAGGAAGGUUCCGAGCCAAUUGUCAAAAGUGACCUUCAAACUGUGGAAGCUAUGAUCUGCGAAGUCAAGACUAGCAUUGAAGAGCUGAAACUUCCUGAUGUGGAUACGCUUCCUAUCAAAUCAGACAUUGAAGCGCUUUCAGAGCUUAUCACCUCCUUCAGGGAGAAAGUUGAUGCAGAGUCAGAAUUGACAGCCCAGGCCUUCGAAGCGCGCAAAGUUGAGCACGGAGGUUUAGCCGAGAAGAUUGAAGAAGCAAAGAUAGUUGUUGCUGAUCUCCGCGACGAGCUCAAAGGUAAACUCGAUGGAAGUGAACAAGGCUUGUCAGAAUUGAAGACACUUCUAGAAGGCCUGGCAGUGUCUUCGGAGUCCUUCACUACUGUUGAGAGUGUCAGAGAACUCAGUGACCUCAUCAAUAGGGAGUUCGAACGUGCUCGAGGAGAACAGGAAGCGACAAAACUCGAAACGGAAGAACGAGAUGCGGCCAUCAUGGUCAAACAAGACGAAACUCGUGCUGCUAUUGUGGCAGACCUUGAGAAAAAGGUGGAUGAGAGGAUCGAUCAUAUGUUGUCCAAGUACGAUGAGCUACAAGGAAAUAUCGACAAGAAGUUCUCCGAAACAGAAGAGCGAGACGCAAUGAAUGUUGAGCACCUGACGAGCACGAAGGGCCUCGCAGAAGAUAUCAAGCUGAUCAUUGGUGCCAUGGGCAACAGCGUCACUGAGUCCUGUGAGCGCAUGGGUGACGAUAGUAAGACACUCUUCACCAAGCUCAGCGAAUCAUACGAUAAGAUGGAAGUAAUGCACAACGAGAUCAAGGAGUUCAAUGAGCUGUCCAAGGCCGAGUUGGAGAAGACCUCCGCCGCGACUGACCGAGUGGAAACCCAGAUUCUCGAAUACCAUCCUCAAAUUCUUGGUGCGAUCAAAGAUAUUCUCAUGCUUGUCGGACAACAUUACGAGCACUCUCAAAAGUCAAACGAGGAGUUGAGCAGAAAUCUUUCUGCUAUUCCCGCUACCAUCCCGACACUACUUCCUGCUCUCCCAGCUCCCCCAGAGCCCCGUGAAAUCAUCGUACCAGAAAAGUAUGACGAUACCGAGCUACGCUCGAAGCUGGACAUUAUUAUGGGUCAUACGGAGAGCACAAAAAACAUCAUACCGGAAAAGUACGAUGAUACUGAACUUCGCUCUAAACUUGACCAGAUCAUGAGCCAUGCGGAGAGCACUAGGAGCAUUAUACCGGAGAAGUAUGAUGAUUCUGAGCUACAGUCUAAGCUUGACAUUAUCAUGAAUCAUGCAGAGAACACUAGUAAGACAAUGGCAGGAAUGGACAAACUGGAUGAGAUUCAUGAGAAGGUUAUGCACACUUCGCGUGAGAUCACUGAGUUGGUUGCAACACAGUCGCGUCUCGUAAUUGAAGAUUAUGAGCGAAAGAAACGAGAGUCUGAAGAAGCUGCCUAUGCUCUUGAGAGAAGGCUUGCGCAGAAAGAGAAAGUGGAGUCUGAAAUCCUCAGUUUGAAUGAUGAGAAAGAAUCACUUCUUAAAAUGAUUCAGGCUAUGAAGGCUGAGAAGGAAGAGCUCAUCAAGCAGAAUACAAAGCUCGGAAAAGAACUCCAUGGAUUAGAGACUGCUCUCGAUAUUCGGCAACAUGAGAUGGAACUCUUUGAGGAGCGCGCACAGGGCCUAGAGAAGCGAAUUCUUGCAGGUGUAUUCGAUCACGCUAGAACCAUGCUCUUAAAGGAGAGCGGACGAGGCAAGAGCCGCAUGAGUCUUCGACGCAUUCCAAGCUAUGGUAGCACCACAACAAAAACCAGCCGCGCCAGCACGAACAGUACAGCUAAAGAUACUCGCAGUUUGGUCAGCAAUGGCGUGGAGAUGGUCUUGAAGCGUCGACAGCCAGCUAAAACUCCAGCUUACAACGGGUCUACCAUCUCGUCGAAUGGGGGCAAGGAACGACGAAUCCUUAGUCUCAGCCAUGUAACUGGUAACCGGGGCCCUACCGACCGUCAUGUCACGGCACCAGUCGGCACUGGUGGGCUGACAAACCUCAAGCGCAGCCACUCUGUCCGGUCCAAUCUGCCUUCGCGCAAGACGUCUUGGGGCACAUCAAGGGAUUUCGACGCUAACAAGGAAAAUGAAAACUUACUCGAAGAAGAAGAUGAGCAUUUCAGUGCUACCCAUAGCGACGCUGGGACCGAGAGAACAGCUGAAACUGGUCAUUACACACAAAGUGUGAGCCACGGUAGCGAAAGUACCAUCUCAGCCAGUCGCCAGCCUAGCUAUGCCAGCACAACAAACGGGCUAGUUGCCGAACACACUGGGUCUAUUAUCGAAGGGGAAGAUGACGAGGAAGGAGAUGAGGCCCAGCACAAUGAUCAGUCAUAUGAGCAGGAAUCAGAGCAAGAAUCGGAGCACUCUGACCCCGAAGAUCCGGAAGAUGAUGACGAGAAACAUGAUAAGCAACAUGAAGAAGACAAUGAGGAUGAAGGAGAUUAUCAGACCACUAUCGGCGAGCAAGAAGAGCACCCUGCAGUUGAAGAAGGACUGUCCGAACUAGAGGCACCACCAGGAAUAAAGAUCCCUGGCCAGACUGACAGCGGCUUAGGAAGUGAUAUACAAUGUCCUAUCAAUGUCUGAGGUAACACACAACGCCCUCACCCCUACUUCCGACAGACUUCUCCUUCCCGAAAAUAUUUUGAUUGUUUGACUUUGAGCGAAGAAAAGAGAGAUUGAUUAUGUUUAAGCAGUUCUUUUCCCCCUUUCCUAUUGAUACCUCCCUGAUGCACGAUUGUUUGGAUAUGCUUGCUCGCGGUAUAUUGCGGACAAAUCCCUUUUCUUUCUGUUUUAUGUUUUUUAUUACAUAUUUUUAUUUUCACGUCUUUCUUUUGUUGGAAUGACUCUAUGGAGUAUUGCACUUAGUUUACUUAGCCUUGCGAAUGAAUUAUGACGAUGACU